AUGGAGCCUGAAGCUUGGGAAACGGCCCAAAAUCAUCUGCAGGAUGCAGGUGUCCUGAGACAGGGAGAUUCCGAGACGAAGAGAUUGCACUUUGCCUCCUACGGUCAUCCGUUUUCCAGGCAACGAAACGCCAUCAUGGGCAAGUACCACAUCCGAAAAUAUGAGGACAGAGACUACGAGGUGGUGCGUAGAUUGUACCCCAAAGGGAUCAAUGAACACAUUCUUGCUGGCUUCCGACACACCCUCAGGUGUCCACAGACCCACCUGCUGCUUCUGGGCAUCUUCCUUGUAGCCUACCUGACCUCUGCUUCCUUCCUCCUGUCCCUUGGAGUUGUGUCUGCCGUUUUGGUUCUGGGCUGGUUUGGCGAGAAGGCCCUUUGGGCACAGUUCACCCACGAGGCCUUACACAAUGAUUUGCUGCACAUCCAGCGAGUCUACCUGGAACCCAAAGACUGCUGCUUUUGGGUGGUGGAGACUGGUGAGGAGGUGGUGGCAAUGCUGGGUGCCCGCCAUCCAGCAAAUCCGUCUCUUUGGGGCAAUGCACUGGAGCUGAAGCGCAUGUUCGUGGAGAAGCAGCACAGAGGCCGUGGGAUCUCCAAGGCGCUCACCAGGACUGCCAUCGGCUUUGCCCAGGAACAUGGGUACGAGGAAGUCGUGCUGGACUCCUUGAUGGUGCAGUAUGCUGCCCAGCGGGUGUACGAGGGCUUGGGCUUCCACAAGGUCACGGAGAUCUACCCCUCACGAUUGGCUAGGCUCCUGCAGCUUUCCCUCUACCUCUAUCGCUACGUGACCAGAUGAGGAUCCUACCUUAGAAGAGGCAUCCCCUGUUUUACACACACAGGAGAGGCUUUCCCUCCUUUGUAAGAAGAUGCUGACACACAGUAAUGCUUUCUUGUCAAUUACUACUUCUACAUUAGCUUUUCAACUAAUACUAUACAGUACAUGAAUAAAAGUUACCAUGUUUAUUCAUGUGCAAAUUUUGAUUAAAGUUAAUUUUUCUUUAAUGGGAGUUAACCCUAAUUCUAACGGACCAAGACUCUUCUUUUUAAAAGUAUUUACAGUCAAAGGCCACCCCUGCACCAGUUUCUCCAAGUCUUGGUGCAAUUUCUGCAUUUGACGGGAAGCCUUUUCUUACCCUGCAACAUGUACCUGGCAUGCAAAUAUUAGAAAGCAGCAUCUGCAGUGACUGCCCCUCGAUCCCUGCUAGCUGGGCAAAGAGGCACCUUUUUAACACGGUGUUUCUCUUUAUUGAGCAGGGGGAGAGUAGCUGGCCCUAUCCAGGCCCCACACAGUACCUCCAGUGACUGUUGCUGGUGUCUAUCAUGGUUUUUUAAAGAUCAUGAACCCUUUGGGGACAGGGAGCCAUUUUAUUUAUUAUUUCUCUCUAAACCACUUUGGAACCUUUUGUUGAAAAGCAGUAUAUAAAUAUUUGUUGUCGUUGUGGAAUCAUUCCCCAUCUCUGCAACUCGGCAACUGAAAAGUCUUGAGAAGCACAUCGGAGAUUUCCAGUGCAGUGUGGCUUUACCUGGGAAACAAACUCCUCAUAUUCUGUGUUAGCACUAGCACCUUUGGCAAAACUGCAGCACAGACACCAGCCUAGCCCUGGCAACUGCAGAGUUGGAACUUGCUUGUGUAGUCCGUGCAGAUGCAGCACGGAGAACCACCGUGGAGAAGUUGGUCUGGUGUGGUGGUGGGGAGGUCAGUAGCUAUGAAGCACUGGCAGCUUAUAUGAUCAAACCUGGGAGGGAUGUGUUCGUUUCCUUUGGUUUUUGAGGGUGGGCAGGAAUGAAGAACAUGUGACAAUUUUACCCAGAUAUGUCAAGGAGGAGACUUGACCUAUAAGGAUCCAGCUACCCGAGUCUAGAACUGGCAGUUCCGAGUCGUCAUUUGCUUUUCAGCCAGAUAAGCAGUUUGAUGGAGUGAAAACCAUGUUGCCUUCUGGAUGGGUUAACAAUGGUGAAUGGAAGUCUCAACAGAAGCCAGUGGGAAGACCUUGACUCCCUUGUUUCAGGCUGAAUAGCUAGCACGAAUGGAUCACGGGAUCCAGAUAACUAACCUCCUUCACACAUUGUAUCAAGCGGCGCUUGCUCGGAUACCUGCAACAGAAACUUUGAGGACAACGAAGGAGAGUGUUGGGAAGUGGCCCAAGCCAUCAUUACCCGAUAAAUAAUGUAUUUUAUUAAUUAAUAUGCAGAUGGCUGGGUAGCCCACUAAUGAGAGGCCCAAAAGGUUGGAGUAACUUGGUUGGCAUAUAAAGGUACAUUAUGAAGUUCUAAAGGCCAGGUAGGUUAAGAAGCCUUUUCGGAGUGUUGGGGUAAGGCCGGUGGGGCCCCUUUGGGCUUUAGUUACUUUCCUUUUAUGGACGAAUGGUUUUUCAGCCUGAAGGGAAACUUUUGAGAAGCUCCCUCUCUGCCUUCCCUUGUUUCCCGCUUUUAAAUUGAACUUCACUGUAUUAAUUUUGCCCGAUUAAUUUGCUUUUGGACUCCUGGAGACUUCUACAGACUCCACAGCUUGAAGUACGGGAGAUGACAAGUUUUAUUUCUUUGUUGAACUGUGCACUUUCCUUAACGAUGUCUUUUCCUGGGAGCAAGAAGAGCAUCCAAGUGAUCUAAGCAGAAAGGGGAACGAAUCUGAUUAACUGCAUAGUUUGAGAUUGUGAGUUCCAUCUUAUUUAUUUAUUAUUUCUCUGUGUAAACUGCCCUGAGCCAUUUUUGGAAGGGCGGUAUAGUAAUUGAAUAUAAUAAAUAAUAGUUGUGUACAGGCUUAUCAUUUGUAUUGAGAACAAUGGUUUGUUUCUAGGUUUCUUUUAUGGAUGUUCGUCUAAGUUAUUGUUUUGGUUAUUGUUAUUUAUUCGAUUUCUAUACCGCCCUUCCAAAAAUGGCUCAGGGCGGUUUACAUAGAGAAAUAAUAAAUAAGAUGGCUCCUUGUCCCCAAAGGGCUCACAAUCUAAAAAUACAGCAGACACCAGCCACAAAAAGCAGACACCAGCCAGAGUCACUGGAAGUACUGUGCUGGGGGUGGAUCAGGCCAGUUACUCUCCCCCUGCUCAGUAAAGAGAAUCACCACGUUAAAAGGUCCCUCUUUGCCAAGUUAGCAGGGGUGAACUUUUUUAAGUUCCAUUUUUCCUUUAUUUUCUGGGUGAACCACUUAAUGCCAAAAUAAACCGCUGUAAUUCAUUCCAGUGUUUACCCCAACUGCAUGUUCUCCCACCAGUACAGCACACUUUUCAAAGAGCCGGGCAAUAAAGGGGUUGGAAAAUA